AUGACCUUUAAUUCUACCUGGAUCUGCAUACUAGUUGGUUGUAUUUCUGUGUUUUUAGUGGGAGCUUCCAAUCUCACCGAUUACUAUCCCCCUCUGUGGAAGGAGAGUCCUGGUCAACUCAGUGAAUAUAGAAUAGAAGAUGGGAAGUACAAUAUAAACCCCUGUAAUUACUCUGAAAGAUUAGGAUUAUAUAAAAUCCUAGUGAAGCAAACCGUGAGCGAUUUUGAAAAAUUUGCUCCAGAAAAUGAACACAAUAUUUUAUGGGGCUUGGCUGCAUUUCAUGGAUAGCAAUUCCACACAGGUAGGUUAGCUGACCCCACUCACAGGACAGACUGUGGCCAUGCCUCUGGAGAUCACCCGUGUAUCUCUGAGGACAGCUGGUGGGCCGACCUUAAUUAUUUUCUCUCUGUAAUACCCUUCCUGGCUGCCAUUGACUCUGGUGUAAUGGAACUAUCCUCAGACAACAUCACCCUUCAGCUGCCAUCCAAGGAUCAGGAGAAGUUUUGUUACGAUGUUUCUAGUUGUCAUUCAUCUUUUCCAGAAGCAAUGGAAAUGUGGAAUAAAUUUUACCAGCACAUGAAAUUACCUUCUUGCACUUUUGAUGACUUGCUGAAGAGUGUUUGGGAGGCACAUGUGUCAUCUCUGAUUGGUGUUCACAAAAACUUUCUCAGUAGGACUGAGCGCGUCAUCCUAGAAGUAGAACUGUUUGCGGCUUCUGGACCAGAAUUCGAUGCCAGGCACCCUUGCCCAGGCUGGCUGACCCACGCUGGCCAGCUGGCGUCUCCCCGCCCUGGACUUGUAGGAAACUCCACUGUGGAUGUAUCAAAAUAUUAUUCUAAACCGGAAGCAGAUUUUUCAAAGAAACUGGGCAUUAUUUGUGGACUAUUUAACUGCACUAAGAUUCCUACAACUUUGAUGAAAGUAAGUGAAUUCGUGGAGGCCAUGCCACAACGGAUACUUGUUGACCAGGAUGCAGCCUACCCCAUCAGUGACUUUACUCCCUUUCAGAACAUAGUCCUGCUUGCUCUAAGUUUCCUCCACAAAAUGCGUAAAUAUAUAGGUACACUGCCACUCAAUGCAUGGGAAAGUCUAAUGAAGCUAAAAAUUGCAAGGAAACUUUUUCUAGCUAUUCUGGACUACCUCUUACACACAUUAAAUUAA